GCUCCGCGCUCGCACUCCGUCUCGGCCACCCCACAGCGCUCGUGUCUUCGCUCCUGACGCUGCCUAAGGGCCCCUCGCCACCGCCACCAUGGACGCCAUCAAGAAGAAGAUGCAGAUGCUGAAGCUCGACAAAGAGAACGCCUUGGAUCGAGCUGAGCAGGCGGAGGCUGACAAGAAGGCGGCGGAAGACCGGAGCAAGCAGCUCGAGGAGGACAUCGCAGCGAAAGAGAAGCUGCUGCGGGCGUCGGAGGACGAGCGGGACCGGGUGCUGGAGGAGCUGCACAAGGCAGAGGACAGCCUCCUGGCUGCCGACGAGACCGCCGCCAAGCUGGAAGACGAGCUGGUGUCACUGCAAAAGAAACUCAAGGGCACUGAAGAUGAACUGGACAAAUACUCCGAGGCUCUCAAAGAUGCCCAGGAGAAGCUGGAGCUGGCGGAGAAAAAGGCCACAGAUGCUGAAGCUGAUGUAGCUUCUCUGAACAGACGCAUCCAGCUGGUGGAGGAGGAGUUGGAUCGAGCUCAGGAGCGUCUGGCCACAGCUCUGCAGAAGCUGGAGGAGGCUGAGAAGGCCGCAGACGAGAGUGAGAGAGGCAUGAAAGUCAUUGAAAGCCGAGCCCAAAAGGAUGAAGAGAAGAUGGAAAUUCAGGAGAUCCAGCUGAAAGAGGCCAAGCACAUUGCUGAAGAUGCUGACCGCAAGUAUGAAGAGGUGGCCCGUAAGCUGGUCAUCAUUGAAAGUGACCUGGAACGCGCAGAGGAGCGGGCUGAGCUCUCGGAAGGCAAAUGUGCCGAGCUUGAAGAAGAGUUGAAAACGGUGACGAACAACUUGAAGUCACUGGAGGCUCAGGCUGAGAAGUACUCGCAGAAGGAGGACAAAUAUGAGGAAGAGAUCAAGGUUCUCUCUGACAAGCUGAAGGAGGCUGAGACCCGAGCUGAGUUUGCAGAGAGAUCAGUAACUAAAUUGGAGAAAAGCAUCGAUGACUUAGAAGAUGAGCUGUAUGCUCAGAAACUGAAGUACAAAGCCAUCAGCGAGGAGCUGGACCACGCUCUCAACGAUAUGACUUCCAUGUAAAUGUUCAUGCACCCUGCCUGCUUGCACCCUUCACUCUCACGCUUGUGUGAUGAACUCACCACGGCUCCCUUCUCAAUCUGUGGUCUCCAUUUCGGCAUCUUUGGUUGCAUAGCCUAGGAUAGCCAUGGUCUUUUUCACAUUGUACUAACAAAAGCCAAGCGGACUCAGUCCAUGCAAACCAUUUCAGAGUCCUUUUAUUUCAUAAAUGCAGACCUGGCCUCUUUCUGCCAAGAGAUGAACUAGACUCUGAAUGGCCCUGAGUACUGUCCUUCUAAAACCUUAAACCAGACUCAAAUAUCACUAGAGUGCUGUGAUGCAGUGGUGCAGGAAGUUAGGAAGAAACACCAGGUUGUUUCCUGAGAUUCUGGGAAGGACAAUAUGGUCAUUUUCAAUUCACACUGUUAAGUUUAAAGUAUCAGAUAAUUGAAAACCUGAGGAAAAGGAAAUGGUCAUGACCCGGUACAUAUCCCUCCCUGUAGUGAAUUCCGGAGCACGGCCAGGCAUGGUGGUGCAUGGCUUUUAUCUCAGUAUAUGGGAGGAAGAGGCAGGUAUAUCUAAGUUUGAGGCCAGCUUGGUCUAUAGCAAGUUCCAGGCCAACUAGGCCUGUAUAGUGAGACCCUGUCUUUAAAAAAGAGAGAGAGAGAGAAUUCCAGAGCAAACAUGAAUGGUCUCCCGAGGAACCAAGUCUUUUAUUUGUUGUGUUUAUUAUAUUGAAUGGAAUUAAAAUACCCCACAGUAAAUGCUUGCCACAACUGACAUCAGAGAAGCAAGAAAUAAAACAUUUAUACAACAUGAGUUUGGAAGUUAAUGGUCCAUAUUUUACUCAUGUGAGUAAUAGUCGGCCUUGUUUGAGGACCCCCAGACAUACACAGCUAAUUUACAUAUUACUAACCACACUUGUGCCCCUUGCAAUUCUAACCCCUGGAGUGUUUCACAGAGGGCUCUUCAUUCUAAUACCGCUGGGUUCCAUCAAAGCUGGGAGUGGCCUUUCUUUAACCAUUCAGAAAUAUAGUAGCUUCAGGAGCAUGACCUGUGCCUGCUGCCUUGGAGGUUCCAGAAUAUCCUUUAGAGACCUGGCGGUCACCAUAGAAACAUGGGCAUGCCUCUUCUCCACCAUUAGUAAAUGAAGAGUGGAACCAGGUCAUCUGUAGCCACCAAUCCACCAGUGCUAAAAUGUGAUGCCCCGCCCCCCGGGGGGUGAACUCUUGAGUGUGACGAAAUGUCCCCAAAGGCAGGUUUAGUUUAAGUUCUGUUUUUAAAGUAAAGUUUUGAAGAUCUUCCUUGAGGUUGGCCCAUGACCGCCUUGGGUUCAGGCAGUGGUUGCCAAGGAUGACCUCCCCCAGGGGCAGCUGGCAGUGGGUUUUACAUGCCUGAUACUUGCUUGCAUUUCAACUGCUCCUGUCAUCCGUGUGGUUUUCCUCUUCCUUUUCCAUUGUUCCACUUUUCCUCUUUCUCUUACCUUUUCUUUCACACAGAUAAGUUUCUUUGCUUCACUCCUCCCAAGAGUCCUUCAUCAAGCUGCAUGUCCCACCUCUCUGAGCUCUGCGUCUGUCUGUUCUCCAGCUGACCCGGGUUUCCAUUAGCGCCCACCUUAGGGCCAGGCACAUACUGUGCUUUCUAUUGUACAGGAGCUAUUCACCCAGUGUAAAAUAAACACUGUAAGCUA